UAUUACUGCUACGAUUGUCCAGCUUUUUUAACCCGUACAUACAAAUCAAAGGGAGAUAUUCUGUUCAAGGUACCAGGCAGUGUCAAAUAGCAUAGCUUUUGCUCGAGAACCCUCCCAACGCAUCGAACCACCUUCGACAUUUAAAAUGGAUUAUUCAUAUUACACCGGAAAUGCUCAGUCGUUCUUCCCCCUUCAACCCCCUACUCCAACUUACACAAACGCAUCAAAUAGCGACGAGUUCAGUAACUCUCCACCUGUACUGCUUCCCUCCCAUUUGAGCGGAAUGUGUUUGCUAACACCAAACAGCAGGAUGCCUUGGAGCACUUCCAGCCUUAUGAUUAUGCAAAUCAAUACAACCCCCGCAUUCCUCAAACCACAACCCAGCACAAGCCGUCGAUUGCUCAGCCUAUGUACUCUGAAAUGCCGACCGAUGUGAUUGAUGAUGUGAUGCGCCGAGGUAGCAAUAGCGAUGAUGAGGAAAAUUUAACCCCCGCACAAUCCCGGCGCAAAGCCCAGAACCGCCAAGCGUAAGGCCCCUUUGUGAGCUCAUUCGGCUUGAAGCUUCACUUUAGACAAUACUAAAAUACUUUGAAUCUAGACAACGAGCUUUCCGCGAACGCAAAGAGCGCCAUGUAAAAGAGCUCGAAGCCAAGCUCGCAGAGUUGGAGAAAAAUACCGGAGAUUUAACCCAAGAAAACGAGCGCUUAAAAUUGAAACUCGCGAAAGCUGCGACGGAAAAUGAAAUUCUCAAGGCAACAUCUGGGCAUUCUAGUCGUGGAGGUUCGGAACCUCUGGCAAAUACAGGACCUAUGGAAUAUACGCCUACGGAUUUCUAUACUGAGGUUUUGUAUGCACAUGAAAACAAAGUACCGAGCCAUCGGAUCGUGUUGGGGGAUAAAGGGGAGAGGCUAUUGGCGGCCGGUGCGACUUGGGACUAUAUUACUAACCAUCCACUGUACAAGCGAGGGCUGGUGGAUGUAGGUAUCAUUAGUGAGAGGCUUAAGGGGGUUGCAAAAUGUGAUGGGCAAGGUCCGGUGUUUGAGGAAAGCGUAAUAAUUGAUGCGAUUGAGAAGAGCGUUGCGGCUGGAAAUGAUGAGUUGUUAUAAUUUAUGGAGUGGAAUGGAAUGGAGGAAUUUCAGGGCUUUUAAGGAGGACUAUGGAUAUAUGUGAUAAGAUUGAUACUGCUCAAGACAAAUGGAGUACGUCAGGGAGUUCUUUGGUAUCUUGUACUUUGGAGUAUCGGAUGGUAUGCUAUGCAAUUGCCAUAUUGUGGCUUCAUUUAUUAGUUUGAGCCAUGUUGCGCUUGAUAUUUUCUGGAUAGUUCGCUUCGGGACGAUAUUUGAUCUAGUUGUCUAA